UGCUGCUACUACAGCAUGCAACACAGCCCCAAGCAGAGUGAAAGUGAAACUAAACAUACCUCUUAUCUGAAAACUGUUUAUAGCAACGAGCUGUAGUCAGAGAUGAAGCGUCUCAUGUUCGGUGUGGUUGAAAAAGGCGCGUUAGCAGUUAGCUGUAAUGUUUGCUAAGCUACAUGUCUACAGCCGAGAUGGAGACCGACUCCCUGGACAUGAGCAGGACUGUGGUUGUGUCCGGUGUUCCCGGUGUGUUACCCGUCAGCAGGAUGAUUGACAAGCUAACAGUUCACUUCCAGAGUUACAGGAGGAGUCAUGGAGGAGACGUCGAGGUGGUGAAGUAUCCCACCAACAUGGUCGGUGUCGCCUUUGUCACUUUUGACCAAGCUAAAGAUGCAGCGAGGGUGGUGCGAAAGGAGCAACACAUCAUGAAGGACAACGAGUUUCCGGACGACUACCUUCUCACUGUGUUCCCCUUCACGAGAGAUGUGUUUUUAUACGUCCCCAGUGCUUCCGUCAAUCUGUCUGUAUUCGGCAGAGAUCAAGCAACGCUGAUUCAGAGUCUGCGGUCAGCUCACAGGUCGCUACGUUUCCAGCCUUUCCCUCACCAGAUGAAAGCCACCAUUGAAGGGCCUUUUACUGCCGUUCAGGCCCUGAGAGAGGACCUCAUCCGCAGGGCCAGUCGACUUAAAUCCGAAGUCUCAGCCCAAACAGCUGCCGUCAAACUAAGAGAAACUCCUCUUAAUCCGAGGGUAAUAUCUCAUCACGGGUCUGUCGGCUCUGUAAGCCGCAGCGGUUCUAAAGCUAAGCUGGGACCAGCGAGCUCAGACUGCUUAUCAACGGCGCUGCAGACCACAGGUGAGGCAACUGAAGUCCAAAGCCGGCUCUCAAAUGCAAAAACUGAAAAUGCCUCCUCAAGGCAAAAAGUUUCCCAUGAGAGUGUGGCUGAAGGGAACCUCUGUGACACAAACAGUGAUGAGGAGGAGCCAAGAGAUAUGCCCAGGCUUGACAUAUCCACAGAAUAUAGGACAGAGCAAGCAGAGGCCAGCUCCAGACAAGUGCUCAAUGCAGGGGUUAGAUCUUCCUUAUCAGGCCGGGACCUGCUCCUACCACAGGAAAUAUCAGCAAAACAGCUAGGAGUAGACGACAUUUCAGAAAAACGCAGCAGACCAGACAGGAUUCCAACAACCAAGAUCAGACGAGAGAAUCAUAUGGGCUCCAGCUACAACAGUACUGACUAUCUAAAGGAAUCAGAUCAGAUCAGAUCAGCCGUCACCGCUAAAAUCCACCAGACCAGACAUAAAGAUGUCUCAACGUCCUCCAAGAACAAUACUGAGGACACAGAGGAGCUGUCUGCAAUCUGUCCGGAGGAUCAGGAGGAGACGUGCAUCUGGGUCGACUCGUACAUAUUCAGAUACGUUAAAAAAUAUGACAAGGAGUUUGACAGAUGCUUGAGAGGUCUUGAUGCGUCUGUUAAGUGUGAAGGUACUGACCUUACACGGAUUGUGUUGACUGAGAGGCAUACCUCCAUGACAGCCUCACAGAUCCAGCAGGCAUUGCAAGACCUAAAAAUUCUGGUGAGGUCUUGGCAGUUGAUGUUAAGAGUUCAUCAGGUCGACUGUGACGAGGAGGAGAUGAAAAAGAAACUGAUUCAGAUCUGCGAUGAUUUAAGUUUCCUGUACAGUGACGUUCUAUACUUGUUGGAGGAUUCAUGCAUAAAAUUCAUCGGCCCCUCAGUAUUUAGUUAUUUGUUCUGUAAGAGGGUGGAGGAUGAAUUUGCUAAACUCAAAGACACUCCGAGAAUGUAGUAGAUGAAGCAACACAUGAAGAUGAGCCAUAAAUGAAUGUACUUUUAUCAAUGACCACAGGGUGGCGCAGCUGUGCUGUAUGUUGCCUUCAACGUCUACCUGAAGUUUAGGUCCAUUUUAAUGAAGGUUUUGAUUUCUGUGUUACUCUCAAAUAGUUAUUUUUCACUUUCCAGGUUAAUUAUUAGAACUACAGAGAGUAAUAAAACUGUAUCUGUUACAUAUUUGCCUCCAUGACUCCAUGAAUACAGUGCUACUGCUCCUCCUUGUUUCUAUGGUGAAGCUUCCCUUCUGUUUAUGUGUGGAUUAAUAAUUAGGCCUUGAAACAACAGGUUUUAAUUGAAACGAUGUUCUCACAGCAAUAGGGAUAAGUCUUAAUUAACCUCAGCAAGUCUUAAUAACAAAAGACAGGCUUCUAAUUAAAAACAAAAAUGACAGAUGACAACCUGUCUCACAAAUUCAUAUCUUUUGGCGUUUUGAGUGUUGUGUUUUGGGUUUUUUUUAAACCUGGUAAACUGAAGUCUUGUGUGUUUGAUGGCAGACAGACAGAGAACAUUUCUGCCUUUGAAGCCUUAUAAAUCCUGCUAUAGUUUUGAUCAGAGUCAUGGACCAACAUUGGACAGUAGGGGGCGGUAUGACACUUUCUCUCAUGUGAAGAACUGUUUAAAAAUAGAGACACUGAAGCUGCCAUAGUCCUGCUCAGUGAAGUUAUUAUGGAGGCUGGGUUUGGCGAGCAGGGUGCAGAUUGGCAGGCAAAUGAUGUCAGUUGGACGUCCCAUUAUACCCCCUCUCCCCUCCCGACACACACGCACACAGUGUUGCACCUUCUCUGAGGGAAAUACUGAUCUGUACAUGUGAUAUGUAAAGAUGCUCAGUAAAAUCAUUUUGUGUGUAGA